AUGUCUAGUCUAUUCCAAUCGUUGCUGGCUAGGAAUUCUGACCUGAAAUACCAUCAUAAAGUGGACAUGUUCACUACUGGGUUAACAGAAGAACUCAGAAUUGAUAUCGAGAUGCAGCAACCCAAAAAUCUCGGUGCUGCCAUGAACCUGGCUCGAGCAUUAGAACGUGUACCCACUCAUUCUGAUGGCUCUUCUUCUCCUUCGAAAGAGGAUGAACCAGUGCAUGUGACCAUUGAUGAUUCUCAGUCCAAGGAAUCAAGCCAGGCUCCUGCCUCUAUUCAGAACAUCUCUGAUGAUGACUCUGAUAAUGUUCUGUUAACUGCUUCUCUGCCUGAUAGUGUUGUUGCAAGGAUCAAGAGAAAAAGAAGGGUUCCUGAUGUUGAAGAAUCUCCUGCUCCAAAGAAGAAGACCAAGUCCACUCCAACAACUUCCAAGUCUAAGCAAAAAGAUGUGAAGGGCAAAGGUAAGCAACAGGAAGUUAAAUCCAAGAGUGUCAAGAAGAAGAAGGUUCCACUUGCUGCUGAGGAAUCUUUGUCAGAUGUUGAGGGGGAUGUCGAGGACAUCUUGCCUUAUGAGAAGAAGAAGUAUGCAGGAAAACGCAUUCCUCAGAAUGUCCCUGGUGUUCCUAUUGACAAUGUGUUUUCUUAUGCUGAAGGUAAUGUUCAGAAGUGGAAGUAUGUGUGCCAACGCAGAGUUGCCAAGGAAAGGGAAGUUGGCUCUGAUGUACUUGAGUACAAGGAAGUGGUUGCACUUAUUGAAAAGGCUGGGCUGAUGAAGAACAUUCUGAGGGUGGGAAGGUGUUAUGAAAAACUGGUGAGAGAAUUUCUGGUGAAUUUGUCUGUGGAAGUGGGACUUCCUGAAAGUAUUGAGUUUAGAAAGGUGUUUGUCAGGGCAAAAUGUGUCGAAUUCUCCCCUGCUGUGAUCAACGAAGCACUUGGCAGAAGUGUUGUUGAGUUUGUUGAUGAGGAGUUGUCCUUGGAUGUGAUUGCCAAGGAGAUUACUGCUGGCCAAGUCAAGAAGUGGCCCAUCAAGAAGUUGCUGUCUACAGGAACACUGGGUGUGAAGUAUGCCAUCCUUAACAGGAUUGAAGCUGUGAAUUGGGUUCCUACCCAACAAACUUCUAGAGUUUCUAAUGCUCUUGCCAGAUGGAUCUACAAGAUUGGCACUUCUACUGCCUUUGAUUUUGGGUCCUUUGUGUUUGAACAGACCUUGAAGCAUGCUAACACUUGUGCUGUGAAACUGCCCAUAUCAUUUCCAUCUCUUCUUACAGAGUUUAUUCUUCAACAGCAUCGUCAGAGCAUCAGGGCUGAUGAGGUUCCUUUGCCAAAGGGUGUUCCUAUUACCCUGGAUCAAUGA